CCUUAAAAUUACGACGCAAAUACUUUAGCAGCACUUACAUAAAUACAUACAUGUUUGUCUUAGAACAAGUGUGCAAAAGAACCACAUUCAGCUCUUAAAAAUUAAAAAUGCUACAGCGGAGUGCGGAAGUUGCCAGGGCGGGACCUGCCACUGUCCACAAACAUGGCCGUAAAGUCGUUAGCAUCGGCAGCUAGCGCGUUUGGCUGAUUAGACUUUGAGGAAGUUACAGCGGAUAAGUUUUGCAGUAACAGGUGGAAAGAAAAUGUAGGCAUACAGCGGCCCACUCUGAGUAGGUACUUGUUUGUGCUCUCAUUUAUUUUUAUGUGGAAGCGGUGUUCAUAAAGUUGAUGUAAAGACUUUUUUUUCUUUUGUUUUUGCUAGCUAGCUCACGCCGACGUCUCAAAGCGAGGUGCUGUAAACUUUUUCAGACAGCUAGCGUCAGAUCGACUUGUGUCCGCACUGGAAUGGAGGAGUGACGCUGCUCUUCCAGGCUGUCUCCAUGAAUAUUUUACACACAGACGUUUCUUGACUCAGACCAAAACUUUUUUUUUUUUUUUUUGGAAGGAGUUCGGUUGUUUGUUUUCCACUGGCAGCAGCCAGCGAGGUCCCCUCAGCGGGAAAACGUAAAGCAUGUUUUCUGGGAAACCCACGAAGCCGACCUUCAGGUCUUAUCUUCCACCUUUACAGACUGAUGUGAAGAACACAAUUGAGCCACCUAUUAAAAAGUUGGAGCCAGAUUUGCUUCCAGGGGAGAUAGUUGUUAAUGAGGUUAACUUUGUGAGGAAAUGCAUCAGUGCCGAAAGUAAUCAAGAUGACCUUUGGGGGAAGUUGAUAUGCACCAACUUUAAGGUCUCCUUCAUCUCUCAUGAUGCACCAUCACCAAAACAGAGGUCACAGUUGUGCCACCUUUUACUUGGAGAACACGACAUCCCAUUGACGUGUUUGGAGCAAGUAGUAACAGUGAACGAUACGAAGGGGAAAAAGAAAGUGCUUGGGUCGAACCAGAAGCUGAAAUUCAACCCCACUGAACUCAUCCUGUACUGCAAAGACUUGCGAAUUAUAAGGUUUUGCUUUGAUGAGGCUGGGCCUGAGAGUGCCAAAAAGGUUUGCCUUGCUAUUGCACACUAUGCACAUCCAGCUGAUCUGCAACUGCUGUUUGGCUUUGAGUAUCAGGGACGACGGUAUCGUGAGUUAUCAGGAAACAAAGUCAAUGGUUCCAUCACAAGAGGAGGAUUAAAGACUUCAAUAUUUGAUCAACCAUCUGACUGGGACCGAGAGAUAAAGAGGACGAGUGCUUCAGAGUGGAGGGUCUGCUCCAUCAACGAGAAUUACGCUAUUUCUCAAAGUCUUCCAGAGUAUGUUGUGGUCCCAGCAUCUUUGGCUGAUCAGGAUCUCAAGAGAUACUCUGAUUUCUUCAGUGAUCAGCGCAUCCCUCUCUGGUGCUGGAAUCACCGCAAUGGUAGCGCUCUUGUCCGUAUGGCCCGAGUAAGUGACCCAUUACAGCAAAAGAAGAUUGACCAAAGAAUCUGCACUGCAAUUACAAAGAGUCAUCCUCAGCACAGUGAAGUUGUCAAGUCAGAGCUGGACAAAAGUCUGCCGAACAUUCAAGAAAUUCAAAGCGCCUUUGUUAAAAUCAGGCAGAUCUGUGUCAUAGACCCUUUUGAGGAGUUGGAGGAGAGGUGGCUUUCAUCAAUUGAAAGCUCACGAUGGCUGGAAUAUGUCAGGGCCUUUCUGAAAUACUCUGCUGGGAUAGUGUUUUUCAUGGAUGGAAGGAACUUUUCAGUCAUUGUGCAAGAAGAAGACGACAGAGAUCUGAACUGUGUGGUGUCCUCUUUGGUACAGCUCAUGUUGGAUCCUCACUAUCGCAGCACCACUGGCUUUCAGAGCUUGGUGCAGAAGGAGUGGGUGAUGGCCGGCCACCGCUUCUUAGACAGAUGCAACCACUUAAAGAAGAAUGAAAAAGAGGAGUCCCCACUCUUCAUGCUCUUUCUGGAUUGCGUGUGGCAGAUGAUGAACCAGUACCCAGCAGCUUUUGAGUUCACGGAGACAUAUCUGACUGUGUUGAGUGAUAGCAUGUGGAUUCCACUCUUCAGCACCUUCCUGUUCAACUCUUCCAAACACCGCGUUCAACACUUGAUGGACUUUGCCAAGAAUAAGGCCAUCCCUCUUGGAGAAGACCAUGUUGUUUUUUUCCCUCCUGUGUGGAACUGGGCACAACAGUUCUCCAUCAAAGACCAAAAGCUCUUUAACAACCCCAUGUAUGUUGGCAAAGGUGCCACUUGUGUUCAGAAUGGAGAAGUAAAAUCCUUCAGGCGUACAAAGCAGAAACCCUAUGGCUCCAUUGUGCGAGGAACGGCCCCGUCUUUGCAUAAUGGGCUAAAGGGUGGAGAUGACACACUGACCCGGCGGAGCUCUUUGGUGUCAGAGCUGAAGCCCGACUUCUCUCCACUCAAAGAGGUGGUAGAGAGUCCAAUGGAGCGUUUCUUCAGGGACUGGUUCUCUCAACCUACUGACCAGCAGGGCCUCCUCCUUCCCCUCCUCGUGCCCUCUCAUCUGGCUCUCUGGAAGCUCUUUUUUUUGCGCUGGGUCCCUGAAGCUUGCAUUCCUAAAGGAGGCCUCAUCACUGCCUACCACAAGCUAUCCCAGCUGGUUGAUGAAAUUGAGACCCUACAAAGCCAACUCAGGCAGUAUAAGGGACCCAGUCCAAGAAGUGCACCACUCCCCAACCCAAGUCGGUCCCGAUCAGACCAAGGCAGGAUGUAUUUUAAAGCUACUUCCCCACACGAGCCUGCUACAACUCCAGAGUACCUUACCUCCUCUUUUCCUUUCACCCCAGUGGGUAACCUAUGCCGCCGCAGUAUCUACGGCACUCCCAUUAGCAAAUUUCUGAAUGGGGCACGAAUCUGGCUGUCCACAGAAACCCUAGCUAAUGACACAGUCUGAGAAUGUGGCAGUUGGGCUUUUUUCUCAUCUAAUCGCAUGUUUGUGUGCAUGUGUGUAUAGCACAUAAAUGAAUGCCACCAUAGGUAAUUAUAAGCUAAAACAUCGACCGUUAGCGCUGCAUUGAAACCUGAGACCAUCUCUACAGAGAUGUCAUUUGUAUCUUAUGUCAUAAAUGUCCACUGCAGUUGAGCAGUUUGGUCACAGAGCUGUUAACUCUCGGGUAUCUUAAUGUGAUUCCUGAAAUGUUGUUUUCGGGAAGUUCACUCCUGACCCCUGUGUUUGUAAAUUUUUUUUUUUUUUUUUUUUUAACUGUGACACAUUUUGCUCCUAGCUUACCCAAUAUCUUUUCAGAUUUAAGUAAGGUAAACUGUUUACUAACACAAACACUUUUAUCUACUUUGAGAAUCACUUGUUUCUUCUCCAGUCUUGUAAUUCGUCACACAUUUUUUUUUUUUUUUAAUUUUUUAUUCUCAAUAAGAUUUCUCAGCUGUAAUAGAAUUAAUACAUUUCAUAAUGAUGGUCAAAAUUGGAAAGUGCCUGAUUAAGUGCUGCAAUGGUGAUGCAUUUCAGUUGGCCUUUAUUUGAUUUUUAAGUUUUGUUUUUUUUUUUCUUCACUUUUAAAUAUUGUUGCUUUUUGGUGAAAAGCUAAAAUUUGUUAAACUUUUCAGAUUGUGUCUGACAGGAAAUAUAAUUGAGGGUUUAACCCCCAUACAAAGGAUAGUGUGCAUGUGCACGUGUGAGUGUCUGUGCAUGUGUGGUAAUGAUGUCCUCUGUCAAGUGAUUUGGGUCCAUUUAAAGAUUGAAUGUAAUUGGGGUUUUUGUUUUCAAAGUAUACAUAUUUCAGUGGUUUAGCUUUUGCUGUACCUGGCAGAUCGUGUGAUCUUGUGGUUUGCUUGUUUGAGUUCCUCUAUUUUUGAAGCAGAGAUGAGACCUAUGUUUUUGUGUCCUAAUUCAGGUGAUACUUAAUGAUGAUAUUUGGAGCUGUGAGCAUUUUAAACUGUGGUAGAUGUUUCUGCUUUUUCUUUUAUCUUAACAUUGUACAGAGACCUUCAGGUAAGGCACCACAAAGAACCUAUGCGGAAGUAAAUACGGGACAGACGAUGGUUGUCUUAAAUGAGGUUUAAUGAAUAGCUACAAUCAUUUAGAUUUCAAGGACUGAAGAUGGUGAAAAGUGCAUUUUCAGAGUUGUUAAUGAGGCAACAUGGAUCACAAAUUGUCUGGUUAGUGAAUCACAUAAACAGUCUUGGUUAUGUUUUUUUUUUUUUUUAAAGGUCGAUGCGUGAAAUUUUGGAUGAGUCAAAAAAGAUUUUAUAGACUUAAAACAUACUGUAUGUAGCUGUACUGUAUAAUUUUUUUUUCUCUCUACGUCCAUGACCAACACAAUGGCAAAUAUAUAGUGGAACUGAUUUGCUGUCAAUCGGUGUAGAAAAAUAUUGUCUCAGUUCUUCAUGAAGCACAAUCAGGGAAUUUCCUGAGAGCUAAACUUCCAGCAAUAAUUAUGACCACCUUAAAUGUAUGUGCAGUGUUCACUCUGUUGAACGAUGGACCGUUUGGUGAGAUGCCAAUCACAAUGGUCAUCAGUCAAUCAGUGCUUUUUUUAAAAAUGGUAAUAAUUUGACAUUUACAAUGUUUAAGGUAUUAAAAAUAUAGUUUUGGUAAUACACUGACAUUGUUUCAAAAGAACAUAUCAUUACACAGGAGCAUUGAAUAUUGUUAAUAUUUUUCAGAAUAACUUUUUUUUGUUUUUUUUUUAUAAGGGUGGGUGGUUAACUAGUUGAGAUGUUUGGUUAUAUAAUGGAGUGCAAGCCUGCGCUCUCAACUGCUAACAGUUGCACAUUUUACUCAAAACAUAGAUAAAAGCUUGUUUAAAUGUGGGGGGGUUUGGCAAAUAUUUUAAAUACUGUACAUGCUUGAAUUCUCAAAUUAAUAUUUUUUAUUAAUGGUACUAAAUAGCUUUUAUUGAUUUAGAGAGAUUUAUAUGCUAUAUUUUUCACUGAUUAUAUUGUUGCACUGCUGUAACUGUAUGAUGACUGAGCACUUUAGCACAGUUUGAUAUUAACAGCAGCUGUAUUUAUUCGUGUGUGUGUACACACUGCUCCUAAUGGGUGUGCAGUAGUUACAGUUCAUCCCUGUGCCUUUGGGAAGUUUUUAUUUUUUGGUAUUUGUAUUGAAAAGCUGUUGACUUGCUGUGCUUGUCUACAAAUCACUUGAUUUAUUUAAUUAUUCUGGAAUUACUGUUGCAUUCAGAAGGUCAACCCUGGAGCUCAAAACUUCCAUGAACCAGCAAUGACAUUUUUCAACACAUGGCUUUCAUGUGACUGGGUCAUGAAAAGGAGUCAUCACUGGAUAAUUUGGGCACUAUAAAGCAUAUGGUGAGAAUGAGCAUGCUCUUGUAGUAACACCACCUUAUUGUCAAGUGAUGAUUGGGUUUCAUAUUUCCUCAAUAUGAAGAGUUUACUCUAAUUGUCAUGCUUUCUUAGAUGCAUGGCAAUUUCUGUAUUACUGAUGAAGAGUAGGUUGAAUCUAAAGAUGCAGAAAAAAAUUGCCACACCAAGUAAUGCCUAGAGUAAUGAUUGCUGAUUGGUAGGGCUCAUUGCUUGGGUGCUUUUUGCUGUUGACCUCUGCAACUUUACAACUCAACAAAUGCUUUUUUUUUUUUCUUUUCAUUCUCCUUUCCACGAUAUGUGUGUGUAUAGUAGCACCUUACAAACAUCUUCAGUGUGUUUCUUAGAUUUUAAAACCAUAAUUGUGUAAAGAAACAAGUGGAAUAUGGAAUAACUGGGUUAAAAAGCAAUAAUAAAGUCUGGCAUUCUAACU